AUGGCUAUUUCGGAGACUGUCAGUAACGUCCUCGUCUAUGUUACCCUCGUAUUGUUCUUGGGUAUUGGGUUAUACGGUGGUUAUAAACAAACGAAAACCAAAGUUGACUUUCUUGCUGCUCUGAGAACCCAAAGUGCACUUCCACUCGCUGCAAAUUUCUUCACCACAAGUAUUGGAUCAUCCAUACUUUUUGCUUACCCGGAAAUUGCUACAAUUGCGGGACUUUUGGGUUUAUUCAUGUAUGCAUUUACUAGCACCGUUCCAUUGCUUACCUUUGCUUGGUUCGGGCCUAUAAUAAGACGUAAAUGUCCAGAAGGCUUUACUUUGACGCAAUUUAUCCUCGUGCGAUUCCAUCGGAUCAACCAAAUCUAUAUGUCUUUAAUGUCAAUGGCAUUCAUGUUCUGUUAUAUGGUUGCUGAGUUGUCAUCAAUUGCAUUGGUGCUUUACUACUUGGCUGGAUUGGAUCAAUUGGCGCCAAUUAUUGUCAUCUCUAUCGUCACUACCUUGUAUACUGCAUAUGGUGGUUUUCGCGCUUCGCUCUUUACCGAUACUAUUCAAGGCUGGAUAAUUUUGAUUUUGGUG